AUCCACUGUGCUCAGCAGCUGAUCUCUGGUGUCUGUCAGCUGCAGGAUUGAUGGUCCUUUUAUUUUGAAGUUUUUAUGUUUGCAAGUUCCGCGGUUUAGAUUUUUUGAUAAACGUUUGUUAAAAAGCUGACAUGAUUUUUGCAAAGCUGUGGUAGUCAAGUAGUGACGGAAGUUUGAACUUCAGUUUUGAUAGCAGGGUAAACUCCAUCCGUUGGUCAAAAACUCCUGAACAAUCAAGGAAGUGGACUUCAUUUCGUCAAAGUUAUCCCAGUUAGACCUGCUGAGGCUUCCACAGUUUCUGCACUCACCCUCUUGUUUCUGAAAACACUCUGAGAAUUUAGGAAAGAAACAUUUAAUUUUAUCAGUCCCGGCGGUGGUGCACGUUGAGUCGGGUUUUUCCACCUUCCUCCGCUGUCCUUCUUGUUGUGUCUUGGUGGUGUUCAGGAAGGGACGUCUGCCUCGCCCAGUGGGAGGCAGGAAGGCUGUGCUGAUUGACGGCUCACACAGAACUGCCCAGAGUGCAGACUCGCCGAGAGGACGAAGGGAAGACUUUAGGACAGUCGAGGCUUGAUCUCUGCUCAAGUGGGAACCUGAAUUUGGAGGGGAAAAAGGGAGAAGAAGAGCAGUGAGGAAGAGGAGGAAGAAGUAGAGGAGGAGGUGAAGACAUGGCCAGCAAAGGAGAACCUGCUGAGAACACCUGGUGGACGUUCAGCAAACUAACCCCAGAGGCCAUCGGCUUCCUGUCCACUGUGGGUGUGGUCAUCGUGGCGUUGGCCGUCCUCUUCCUCUUCAUCAACAAGAAGCUGUGUUUCUCGCGUGUCGGCGGGCUGCCCUGUCUGGAGCAGCAUGGCCGCCGGAAGAAAGGACGACUGGGAGUGCGCCAGGGGCUCGUGAACAGUUACGGUGACGAUGAAGAUGACGGCAGCAGCUCCUCUGACAGCGAAGAGGAGGUCCUGAAGCAGUUUGAGAUCUCGGUGUCACGUUCACAGAGUUUUCGUACGGCAGCCUCGAAGAGCAGCGAGCAGCAGACGCAGCUGCCGUUGGGCCGACGCCACAAGUUCAGCCGCCUGUCAGACCAGGAGGAGGGCAGCACUGAGCCGUCAGACUGCGAAGAAAUGGAGGCUCCGAGCCGGCAGAGUUUCCAGGACCCGCUUUCCGCCGCCAUAGACAAGAGCGAGAAGGAGUCCACGCUCUCUCAGGAGACACCUGCUGGACUGGAGGCAGCAGGGGGCACGUGCAGUCGCACCCCUAGUAUGACCCGCCCGGCCGCGGACGGCAGCGAGGCCACAGAGGUUGUGGAUCUCAACAAAAAUGAUCCCACAGACUCCGCCUCCUCCACCUGGAGUCCCGAGCAAGAGCAGCCGCCCCACGACGAGGUCUCGUCUCAGCCUGUCAGCUCCGCCCUUCGACCUCCCAUCUCUAAAUGUGGGGACCUGGUCCUCUGUCUGGACUACCGUCCCGAUGUGGAGAAGCUGCUGGUCUCCGUGAUCGCGGCCCGGGACAUCCCUGACAAGGCUCGCACCGGAAUGGACUCCUGGCAGGUCCACAUGGUCCUGCUUCCCUCCAAGAAACAGCGGCAAAAGACGUCGGUGCAGAAGGGUUCGCUGCCGCACUUCAACGAGACGUUCCGCUUCUCGCGCCUGGAUCCGUCGGAGCUGCACUCGUCGGCCGUCAGGUUCAGGCUGUACGCGCUCGGCGGCAGGAUGUCCCGUGAGCGAAUGAUGGGUGAGAAGGUGCUGCGUUUAGGAGGGCUCAACCCAAACGGAGGGACGAUGGAGACAACGCUGGUUCUGGAGCCUCGCAGUAACCUCAAGACUGUGGACUCCCAGCUGAGCCUGUCUGCUGUGUCUCAGAGCGACAGCGCCUCGUCCACUCAGUCUCUGACCCACGGCGGCGUCCCUGAGCUGCUGGUGGGGCUGUCCUACAACGCCACCACAGGACGCAUGUCUGUGGAGCUCAUCAAGGGCAGCCACUUCAGAAACCUGGCCAUCAACAGACCACCAGACACCUACGGCCGUCUGACUCUGUUGAAUUCGGUCGGUCAGGAGAUCUCUCGGUGUAAGACGUCGGUGCGUCGCGGCCAGCCCAAUCCCGUCUACAAGGAGACGUUCGUCUUCCAGGUGGCACUGUUCCAGCUCUCGGACGUCACGCUGCUGGUCUCCAUUUACAACCGCCGCAGCAUGAAGCGCAAAGAGAUGGUGGGCUGGAUCGCUCUGGGCCAGAACAGCAGCGGCGAAGAGGAGCAGCUCCACUGGCAGGACAUGAAAGAGAGUCGAGGACAGCAGGUCUGCCGCUGGCACGUCCUGCUGGAGGCAUAACGCCACCAAGAUUUAGGAUUUUUUUCUUUUAAAGGUGAAAGAAAGUCUAUCGUGAUAGUCGGAAAGUGUAUUUGAUCUGCGGAGGAGUACAUUUUCCACCGACAUCACACCUGUCCAAGGCUGGACUAACGUCAGACAUGGCUGCUUAGUUUAUGUCACCAUGAAGGAACAAAUUCUGCUUUUGGAGGCUGACUCAUGUUUAAAAUUCAAUGUUUCUGUAGAUGAAUGAGGAAAUAAAUGAUAGUCCUUAGCAAAGGUUACAUGACAAAAAGACUCAAGUGGCAGAUAAAGAAUUUCUUUGUCACAAAUUUGAAGGUUUCAAAUUUAAAGGUUUCAAAUUUGUACUCAUGAAGAAGCUUUGCAGAGCAUCCGUCAGCCUCGAGGAGUUGAGAAUUUGUCCUUCACUCAGAGAAACAGAUCUGUUGUGAGACGAGGGAGCUGCAGUUUAGUGAUCUGCUGUGUUGAAAGUUCACACAAAUUAGAGGUGUGUGUGUGUGUGUGUGUGACGUGUUAUUUAUAAAUCUUGUUCUUUUACUGGCUGGCAAAUAAGUGGAGCUACAAACACAUCAAGGUGCUCGGCUCUGAACUGAUGCAAACAGGAAGCAGAAAGAUGAAAUAACCUGGAAAUCUAAUCCUGAAAAUAUUAUUGUCAGAUCAUCUCGGAAACUCAAACUCAGAUUUUCAGGUCUUUGUUCCAGUUUAUGUCUGAAAACAAACCAGCUGAGAAUGAUGACGCUGGUAUCUGACACACGUUAAUCAAAACAGUAAGAGUUGGUCAGUCGACAUGAACAUCUCCCUCAGACUUCACCAUCUCAUCGUUCAUGUAUGCGACCGUUAAAGGUGCAGUUUGUAAGACAUGGUCAGAAUUUUAGUUUAAAACAUUCAACAAAGGAACUAACAUCAACAGAGUAUGACGCAGUGUUGAUGUUAUGUCAGACACAUCAGGUACCUCCUGAGGUUAGCAUGCUAACCAGCUAACUCUCUCUCCUGUUCCAGUCAGCCGUGUCUUCACAUCCCCAGAGUCUUAGUCCUCGUCUGAGCCGCUGUAAAUCACCUCCGUGUUUCAUCCCCGUCCUCUGACUGAUCCCCACUGGUCUUGGAGGCUGUGUCCCAGUCUGGUGUCCAGCUGUGCUCACUGGGAGGCUGCUGAGCCCACUUGCCAGCGUGACUCCCCUGCAAUGCGAGGUCACUGUCCAGACACAAUCCAGUCAUGUAUAGGGCCACUAGCUCUGCAGCUACCUGAACUAACUGUAGGUAUAGCUACAGCCAGAGAUGCCUAUAGUGAGCCACAGUUACUCUGCUGAUAUGCUGCCAACUGUAUUUCUGGAACUACUUUCAAAUUCUGUCCACAUUUUACUUUUUGAGCCUUUAAAUUGUUUCUAGCACCAAAGGUGCGUGAGGAAUAGCAGUGACACUGAAGGAGCAUGUGACCGUGAAAUACUCAGAAACAAACAUGAGAAGCUAUUUGAUGAUUCAAGUGGAGGAGGAAGGCGUCUCAUUCAUAUUCUCUGACACGUGCUACUACAGGCAGGAAGUCUCCAGCAGCUGGAGACUCUUAACCCCAUUGGGAUGAGAGCAACUGUCCUCCAAGCCCCCGCCUCGUCACCACUGAAUGAUGUUAUUUGGCGUCGGCUCGAUCUUCACAGGGCAAAGCUCAUUUCAACAAUCAUCAACGCUGAGCUGAAAAGAGGCUUUAAAUAUCUCACUGCAGCUGUUAAUAACAUGCAACGAAUUACCCUGGAAGUGCUUUAUGGUCACCACACGCUCUCUUUGUGGUAAUUGGUAGUUACAGCUGUGGAAUCGUACAGUGCGAUGACGGUAAUGUUGCUGCUAAUGCUCAUCCUCUUCCAGUCUGAGUGUCACUGAGUCAUAAGGCAGCAGUUCAGCCCGGAGGGGGAGGUGUAUUUGUUUGUGUAGACAGAUACUGUAGCUCUGAAUCCUCGGGGGUUCGCACAACCAGAGCAGAGAUGUGUUUCUUUGAGUGUUUUCUUCGGGCAGGUGCCAACAAAGCCUCUUUACAAAUAUUGAAAUGCAACUUGGGAUCAGAAGAAAGUGGAGGAGAACGACUCGGAAAUGCAACAUUUUUCGGGUAUGUGGAGGUGAGAGUCAGUAAUUAAAACAGGCAUGACAAAUGAACUGCUCAGAUCAAAUUCUUCAUGUGAAUUAAAGGGCCAGUUCACCAAAAUCAACAAAACGUGUUUUUGCACCAUGUUUUGAGAGACUCCACCUCAGUACACUGGGUGUGAAUAUGAUUUGGGUUUUGCUGCACAAAGCACUGAAAAAAUAAAUACAAAAGUCAGGACAGAAACUUGUUUUUCCAGAAAGAAAUGUGCUGGUAUUUUUAAUAAUCCUCAUAGCUGAAACCUUUUUAAGCAACGAUCAAAAAUGCCUGUGCUCUGAAGCUCGAUGAUAAGACACUAAGUGAAAUAUUCAAAGCUAAAAGCAUGUUUUUUAUUGGCUGCACUUGAUGUCUUGUGUGUCAUUUUAUCUACAUCCCUAAAAUUUUCACAUAUUUAAUAGGUCUAAAAUGGAUGUAAUAAAUAUUAUUAAGCUUUCUUUAGGCAUUUAAAGGUUAAGGAAAGACAAUGUUAGAAAGAAACUGUCAGUGCCUGUUGUUGGGAUGUGAGCAGCAGUCCCCAGUGUCACAGUCAGGCUGUUUGCUUAAGGUGUUUGAACAAACACUCAGUGCGGCAAGCCCUCUGGCGAGAACAGAGGAGCACAAGAGAGAGAAUGUCCAAUAAGAUUUUCUGACUUGUACUUAUGUACAUUUUCGUUUUGAUCUUCUCUCCUUAAAAGGCAGGAUUUUUCAACAGUCCUCUGGACAAAGGAAGAUGGUAGAGACACCUGAAUGUUCAACUGCCAAAACACGUGCAGAUGAAUCCAAAAGCUUGUAUGAAUCACAACAUGAUUAAAACAAUCAGUUUUCACUUACGAACCCAUCAUCAUCAUCAUCAUCAUCAUCAUCAUCACUUCCAUCAACACACCCUCCAAACCAUAAAGAAGCACAAUUAGUGUGAACAUUUCUGAUGUGUUUGUCACUUUGUGAGGCAGAUGUUUGCCUCGGUUCACUUUACACUUAGUUGGGACAUACGAGAUUACACAGACGAACAACAUGUGCUAAGUGCUUAAGUGCUUGUCAUGAGUAGAAUGCACAGAACCACUUUCUUCCAGUGAGAACACAGUGAUUUGUUAAGUCGUUAAUUGAUUCAGGGAAUCUUCCAGCAACAAAGACUGGACACAAGGUCUUUAACUCAAAUAUGAAUGGUAUGUUAAGAGGCACACUUAAUGGACUCGUUCUAUAUCUGUUAAAUGCAGGAAGCAGUCUGUAAAUGCUGUGUGUGUAGUGUUUAAACUGCAGAUAUGUAAUGGGCGGCUAUUUCAGGUAUAAAUGAAGCUUGGGUGUAGAAUGGGAGUGCUGCAGCUGGAUUUAGCUUUGUAAAACUCAAGACAAGAUAUUUACUUAACUGUUAUAUAUAUAUGUUAUAUAUAUAAUAUUUAUAUAUUUCAACAUUUCUCAGAGACAAAAAAUAAUGAAACGCUGAGUUAAACCUACCUUCCAUAAACCUCUCCCUCCUUAGUUAAUGUUGCUACACCUGUUGCUACACGUGGACCAAACUGUCAUUGCUGGCUGAAAUGCUAGUGGUAACUGCUAAUAGUUUCUGCUAACUGCAAGCUAGCUCAGUAAUAAGUCAGCAUCCUGACUGAUUGGUAGAAGACAUGAAAAUAGAAAGAAUUAGAAGAGAUCUUGUAUUGUAUGCUAGUUAGCUUUAGUACUGCAGUAAAAGUUACUUGGACAAGUUAGGUUUACACUUUAUUGCAUUUCCAGACGGUUUGCUUAACAAGAAAAUCAUUUGUGGACUAUUUUCUACUGAACUAGAUGAACGUAUCCCUGGUAAACUUACCCAAACCAAAUGAAAAGCUAGCCUAAACUCAUAUAGUUAUGUCAUGUUAAGCCAUUGCCUGCUGCUCCAAGUAUUGAUGAAUGUUACUAGGCAACAGCAGUCAGCUAGUUAGCCAUUAGCAUAUUGCAUUAGCAGUUCACAGUUUGGCUCUUGUAUUUUUAUUUUUGGAAAGGAGAGAAAUAUAAUGUCAAAGUGUAAACUUUUUGGGUACAAAGUUGCCUGUUUGGGAAAGAUUUAGCAAACAGUCAGCUUCUUAUAUUUGUAGUUUAAGUUUGACAGCUAGCUGGCUAGCUAGCUGAUGCUUCCAGAAAACUCACUUAAAACGAACCCGACAAACAACAAGGAGUUUUGCUGAAAAAUGUAAGAGUUUGUGGAUCAUAGCUGUGAGAGGGUCAUGGGGUAUGUCUUUUAAAUUACUGCACCAUGAAACACAAUUUUACUAGCUUAUUUGUGCAGUGAAAUAAUAAAAACAAGUUAGCCCAGACAGAACAUUAAAAAAAAUAAAAAAUUGUUGCAUAACAAAGUGCUAAUUUGUUUUUGUUUUUUUAUCACAGUUUUAUCACAGUACUGAUAAGUUUGAUUAAAUGCUGAUUUUGACAUCUUGCUAUAUAAUUUUCAUUUGACCAGUCAACCUGUCACGAGAUUUGAUAUCAGCACUCCUAUUCGACAGGCUUCGUAUAAGUGAGUGUAUGAAUAGUGACAUGAACAAUAUUUACUGCACAGACUGAUAUAUUUUAUGCAUGUCGAGUUGUUGUACAGAAUCUAUAGUAUCUCUUCUAUAUUUUUUAAAAUAGUAAAUGUUUAAUGUUCUUAAGUAUUUCCCAGGAUUUCUAUGAUAUUUACACGUCUGCAUGCUCAGUUUGGGAUCCCAGCUUGAAUUACAGAUGUGAGACAAUCGGAUUGUGCUGCAGGUGUAAUACAGCUGUAAUACUCUGAUGAAGUGCCUGUAACAUUUUGAGAUGAAACAUAUCCACCAUGAUAAAUUUGCAUGAAGCCUUGUUGUUGUUCCCUGUGAAUGCUGCUGUAGGACUGCAUGCAUGGAAGGUGAUGACAGGGCAGGCCUCCUGAUGUCAAGGCCGGGACCAGGGCUGAAGUCCGAGUCCACACCAGGCCAACAGGGUGUAGAAACCUACAUACCUACAAACCUAAAUUCACACACAGAAUAAAUGCAAUGCUCUCUGAAUCUUUAAUCCUUUUCUCUUUUACUUUGAGGGAACACAUUACCUCAAAAGGAAUACUUAGACAUUUUGGGAGAUACACUGAUUUUCUUACAUGAUUAGAAUAAGAAUAUUUAUAUCAGUCUUGCAUCUGUGUUUUAAGUACAGAGCUGAAUGUGUUUAGCCUAGCUUAGCAUAAAGACUGGGAGCUUCCCAGUACUUGUGUGCUACAACAUGUAACUUCUCCUAAAACCAGGAACUGUUGUCCUUAUGUCACUGUUUUGGUUUGAUUAAACAAAUAUAAUAUAUAACAUACUAAUUAGUGAGCUGUAGAGGAGCUGGUGGGUGUUUUUAUUAACCAGGCUAGCUGUUUAUCUCUGUCACCAGUGUUUAUGCUAAGCUAGGUUAGCCUGCUCUUUGGUUCUUGAUCUGUAGUGUUGAUCUUCUCAGCUAACUCUUGGCAUGUUACUGAUACGUAUUUCGCAAAAUGUGAAAGGGUUCCUUUAAAUAUUAGAAGCCUGUUUCAAACUGGGAUUAUUUUCAACAGAAAUUUAACCAUAAUCAGAAACAGUGUACUAAAAUCCUCUCACUGCUAACCCAACAACAAAAUCCAGCUUCCAUAUCCUGAAAAGGUUUCAGGUCCUUAAAUCUUUGUAAAUCAGCCCAUCAGAAGUGGAACCUGUAGCUGUUGUCCAGUGAGACCAAUCUGAGACAGUGACACUGUGGACACUGCUUUAGCCUGUAGAGACUGUUGUCCUUCAGCCGUGGUCUGGGCCGUGCAUGCUGAGCCCCGCGGCACCCAGAAAGCACUUUUUGUACCAAGUUUGUCGUUGCCAAUAAAACCCAAAAGAUCCCUGCUGUGGGAACGUCUG